AUGCUACCAGGUCAACUUUGGCUCUUGAGAGGGCGGCCAAACUCGGCCGCAGCCGCAGCCUUGCGGCAUGUGCCUGGGGCCUAUCUGAGGCGUCCCAGGAGUCGAUGUGCUUCAGGAGGUGUCCUCUCGGACCGCGGAUCCGCCUUGGAGCUUAGUCAGAAGCUGCAGCGGAUGAGGAACAAGCCUGGUGCCAAGGGCGCCGACUGCACAGCUCUCUGUGAUGUCCUGGCUCGAAAGGUGAAAUCUGAGAUCGCAACCUUCAGCGCCAUGGAUGUGGCUUUGCUGGCGCAGGCUCUGGCCGAGCUGCGGCAAAAACACACCGUGCUUUUGGACACCUUAGCGACCCACGUCCUCCGUGGCAUGGCGGUCUAUGACGCACCGAAGUUGAGCCUCAUUGCCAACUCCUUUGCACGGAUGGGCUACCUCCAGCGGCCGAUGAUGGAUGCCAUUGCCAAUCACCUCUCCCAACGGUCCAAUGAGCUCUCAGCUCUCGACAUCACCGUGCUGGUCUAUGCCUAUGGCGAGUUGCUCUAUCAUCCUCAAAGCAACCUGCUCGAGGUGUGUGCGGAGCGACUCAAAGAAUGCUACUUGGAGGUGGGAGCAUCCAACAUCUCAAACAUUCUCAACUCCUACUCUCGGCUUUCGGAGUGCAAUCCCGCUGUAUUCCAUUGCCUGUCAAGGGCAGUGGCGCAUACAAGGCCCGAGACGUUUGAGGCCAAAGAUAUCAGUCUCAUUAUGAACUCCUAUGCCAAGUGCAUGGUUCGCAAGAGCCAGACGAUGCACUUACUCGGCGACUAUUUGGUCGACAGGGUGCACGAACUGAGCCCGCGGAACCUCUGUAACGUGGUGCACGCAUUCUCUUGGCUGACCUGCUACAACGUCCCGCUCUUCCACAAUUUGGUGCAGCGGGUCUCCUGCGAGGAUUUGAGUGGGUACAAACUCUACGAGCUUGGGGUCUUGUGCCACAACUUGGCCAAGUUGAAAUCUGGGGGCCCCACGGUCUAUGGCGCCAUGUUCGGUGAACUGGCCCGACGCCCGGCGGACGCCUGGGAGCCCAAGGCGGUCGCCCAGGUCCUGGACGCCCUCCGGCGCCGCGCGGGCGUCGUGCGUCACGAUGCCUUGCUGGAGCUGCUCUUCUAUCGGUUCUUCAACAAACUUGAGACCUUUCCCGUGCACCCCUUGACCCAGGCUGCUUGGUGCCUGGUUGAGCUGGAUGCCCUAGACCUGGCGGAACAGCUGCCUCCGCACCCGGAACCGCCGACGCCGGAGGAUGCGGGCAACACGUCGCAAGGAUUCCCCUCCGGGCGCGAGGCCAUGCGCAGGGUCUUUGAACGGAUGCAGGAGCUAGAUGCGAAGGAGCCUUUGACACCCACGCAGCGUGGUCACGUUCAGCAGCUCAUUCGGGCCUAUCGUUAUCGCUACGAGCUGGACUUCGGUUUGCUGCCGCCCAAGGCAUUGGGGGCGCCGGAAAGGUCACUGUUCGGUGAGCGAGGUGAAGUCGUUCUGCAAAGCCCAGUUCGAUGUAUCCACUUCCUUGGUGCGGGGACCUGGAGGAAAGACUUGAUCAUGGAGAUGCUCAUCAUAGGUAGCGGUACUUUCCGUACGACCGCGGAUUUGGACUUCUUCAAAGCCAUCCCCUUCACUAAGUGUGUCCCAGCUCUCUACGAUGACGGCAGCAUCGGCGAUGAAGAGGCCAAGAAGCUGAAGGCUUUCACUGAUGUUGGAGAUGAUGAGUCUAUGACACGUGCUCGGUGGACAAGCGCCAAAUUUGUUCGCCAUCAGCUUCGCAUUGUGCUGGACAAUGCUUUCAACCCUGAUGCCGAACCCGAGGACAACAAGACUGAGGAAGCACUGGUUGUAGCUCACGAUGACUUUUUCCUGAUGAUCCGGCCUGCCCUGGGGACUAUGUCUAGGACAGAUGCUAUGGCCAUCCUCAAGCGCAGUGCAGUUGUGGUCGUUGGCAACAAGCACGUCACCUACCGUCUGCCCUCUGAGCAAGCAAUCCCAGCGGAUCGAAUUCGAUGGAACAAAUCAGACAUCAUCUUGGAUUCCUCCAAGCCAACUUUGCAGAAUUACAAGCAAGGUGGUCCACCUCCUCUUGACUAUGACCAGCAUACUGCAUGGGAGUCUGCAUGGUUGCAAGAAGCUAUGCGUGUAGGAGAUGUCCAACGUCAAGCAGAAAGGCAGCAGGCAGAUCGUGAGACAAGAGAGGCACAAAUGCACAGCAUUCCAUUUGUCAAGAUGGAAGCUGAUGAGUAA